CCGCUCAACUGCCAACUGCCAUUUUCCGUCUGCUGGUUCUUGCACUUCUUGCUUCUGUCCGAUCUCUCAAUUUUGACAGAUAAGUGAUUCUCGAAGGAAAGAAAGGAAGAGUGAGUUUUUAAGGGUGAACUGUAACCCUCUGUGUACUGUCUCUGAAAUAUCGCAAACGUAAGGAUGGCACCUCAAUCACGGUUUCGAGAAAAUGUUGAUGGCAACAAGCUGGACUUAAGUAUGUCCGGUAUCACAGAAGUUCCUGUGAAAGAUAUAGCAUCAAUUAAAAAGGCAACAGUUUUGGAUCUCUCAGACAAUCAGCUAACUCUUUUACCGCCAACUUUCUCUUCCCUGACUCAUCUUGUGGAACUGGAUCUCAGUAAAAAUAUGCUGCAGGAGUUACCUGAGUCGUUUGGUAACUUGAUCAACUUAAAACGCCUUGAUUUGUAUGGAAAUAAGCUAACUCACCUACCACUUAGUUUCUGUCAUCUGAAAGCUCUCCGUUGGCUGGAUCUAAAAAAUAACCCUUUGGUACCGAUGUUGGCAGAAAUAGCAGGACCUUGUGGAGAUAUGCAACAGUGUCAGCAGUGUGCUCGGAAUGUUGUUGCAACCUUGACUCAAACAGCCAUCAAGGUUGAAGAGGACAGAAAGCGAUUAUUGCAGGAAAAACUCAAGGAACAAGAACAAAUAGAACAAGAAUACUUAUUAAAGAAAAAAGAAUUGGACUCUGAAAACCAAAAAAAGGCUAAGAAGAGAGCAAAAAAGAACAAAGCUGAAAAACAAAUUCAAGACUCGAACAGUAAAGGAAAUAUUGCCACAUCUACUGGAGCAAAGGUUCAAGCUGCAACAGAAAAGGAGAGCAUGAGAGAAGAUAAUGUCCCUGCAUCUUCUUCCAAAAGUUUCUUGCGAAUGAUUCUUUACUUUCUAAUCUUCUGUGUUGGAAUAGUCACUACUUUAUUAUUCUGUUGCAUCCUCUUUGCUGCAUAUGACCGAAAAUUGUUCCUUGAGUUAAUAGAGGACUACAAUAUUGCGUCAAAUGAUGUGACUGGACCGAUUUUGUAUGCAGCAAAAUAUGUUGAAAAUGCAUCCAAGCAUCCAACAUUCAGAGAAUUGAGAUCUCAGUUGGCUGUGUGUUUCAGGUCAAUUAUAGCAAGCAUUCUAAACAUAUAUAAAACUAUAUGUCAGGAAUUUCCUGUUUAUUAUGAUUGGCUGAAAAGUAAAUUCAAGGUAUAGGUAAUCUGAGUAUACGAUAUCAAAUACCUACGGUAUAUGAAAACUGUAAUGGUGUCACUGUAUAAUAAAAGUAUAAUGAAUUUUUUGAA